AUGAUUUUUCAGUUUCUCACAGUGGCAGCCGUUGUGGCAUUUGCAUCAGCAGAGCUGCUUCCCACCUACAACCCUCCAGUUCCCUCCUACAAGGCCCCAGCACCAACUGGUCAUCCUAAGUACGACUUCAACUAUGCCGUGAAGGACGACCCUUCAGGUAACGACUUUGGACAUCAAGAAUCCCGUGACGGCUACAAUACUCAGGGGAACUACUACGUGCUGCUUCCUGAUGGUCGUCUGGAGAGAGUUUCAUACACUGUGAACGGUGACUCAGGCUACGUGGCUCAAGUGGAAUAUGAGGGUAAAGCCCAGUACCCAGCCUACCAGCCUGCCCCAGCCUACCAACCCAGCUACAAGCCUGCCCCCGGCUAUGCUUAA